AUGUUGGGAGUAGGAGACACCUUGAAAAAUCUCAGUGCAUGCAAUUCCAAUUCUUCUUAUUCCCCUGAAGCCACAGCUGCUUUUGCCACUGCAAUGAUUCUCAUCAUGCUCUUCACCAUCUUUGGGAACAUCCUGGAGAUCAUCGCUGUCCUGACGUGCCGCUCUUUGCGAGGACCUCAGAACCUUUUCCUGGUGUCCCUGGCUGUGGCAGACAUCCUGCUGGCCACCUUGGUCAUCCCGUUCACCCUGGCCAAUGAGCUGAUGGGCUACUGGUACUUCGAAUUGUUUUGGUGUGAGAUUGUAGUGGCACUGGAUGUGCUCUUCUGCACAAGUUCCAUCAUGCACCUGUGUGCCAUCAGCCUGGACCGCUACCUGUCCAUUUCCCGGCCAGUGCAGUAUGCCACCCAGCGCACCCCUCGCAAGAUCAAGGGCGCCAUUGUGGUGGUGUGGCUCAUUUCUGCCAUCAUCUCUUUCCCCCCACUGGUUGCCGUAAAUAAGACCCAGGAUGAGGACUGCCCACAGUGCAAAAUCAACGAGGAUGUAUGGUACAUCCUGUACUCUUCCAUUGGGUCAUUCUUUGCCCCGUGCCUCAUAACGAUCCUGGUGUACGUUCGCAUCUAUCAGAUUGCCAAGAAGCACAUUCAAUGUCCUCCAGGAGAGCCAAGAAAAGACAUCGCAUACAGUGUCCCUUUGGGAGGGGUGUUGCAGGGCGGCAAAGACCAGGGAGGUGUUGACCCUGCAAAUGUUCCCAAUUUGGCUGCUUCCAGAUCUGAAGCCAUAAACCAGCCUCAGCCUUCAGUAGAAAGUCAGCAGCAGAAAUGCUCAUGGAGCUGGAAAGCCAACAACAAGGACAGUUCAAGCUCCAGCUCAGAUGUUGAGGUAGAAGAAGGACAUAAUGACAGUGGGACAACUUCAAAUGUAGGGGCACUGGAGCCUGGCCACCAGACUUCCUCACCGACCCAAACUUACCAGAACGUCAUUGUUACUUCUAAGGGCAGCCAGCUGGCCUCUUCUAAAGUGAAACCAGCGAGAAAUCCGAACACCAGGAUGAAAGUCAUCGUCCGCGAGAAGCGUUUCACUUUCGUCAUUGCAGUCAUCAUUGGGGUUUUUGUUGUCUGCUGGUUCCCGUUCUUCUUCACCUACAGCUUGCAGGCCAUUUGUCCAAUUUGUAAACCGCCAGAAGCACUUUUUAAGUUCUUCUUCUGGAUCAGCUACUGCAACAGCGCCCUGAACCCGCUCAUCUACACCAUCUUUAACAGGGACUUCCGUAAAGCCUUCAAAAAGGUUCUGUGUAAAAAGUGUAAGGACUGUUCUUUCUGA